CUCAUGGUAUAUGUCAUGUAAGCGGAACAUUAAGGGAGAUAAGUGAUAUGAGAAGCGAUGUAAUACGUGUUAUUGUACAAAUGGUUUAACUUUACAGCAAACAGCGAUAGUAUUUCAUCGAGAGGUAAGUCGCUUUACCCACGGUUAGCAUAACCUUUUGCUUUUAACAUGAGGCAGUUUGAAAAAACAUUUACAUUAUUCUGUAUUAUUAAAUAUGCAUUAAAAUAACUAAACUCUGUCGAACAAUCAACUCUCGAUCAAUACUGUGUUGCACCAGGGUUCAGUACCUUACGACGGAUAAAGUAGCAUAAUGAAGACUAAUCCAUACACCUCUUACUAACGCGGUUCAAUACAUUGAGACAAUGAAAGAAACACGAUGAGCUAUUUUUUAUAUGUAUAACAUAAGUUUAAGUACUUAAUGACGGAGAAAAAAAUACACAUUACCUGAUUUCAUGUUUUGACAAAUCAAAUUAAAUAACUUGUUUCAGCCUAACAUGGAGUCUUUUUCAGGAAACGCACACCGUUUCUAUUACAAAUGAAGAAAUAAUUACUAUGUGCGUUUUUCUUCCUUUCACCAAUAGAAUGGAAGAAACAUUUGAUAUCAUCAUCAUAGGGGGCGGCGUCGUUGGAUGCGCAUGCAUAUUCGAGUUGACGUCACAUGGGUAUUCAUGUCUACUGUUGGAAAAGAACGAGCACCUUGCUGCAGAAGCAAGCUCGGGAAACAGCGGGAUGCUCCACACCGGUUUUGACGCCGCGGAUAGACUUGAACCAGAUUGUAUUCAGCGAUGCCAAUCGCGAGUGUUUACGCUGUUUGACAAACUGGGAGUACCAGUCAAUCAUAUUGGCGUCACUAUGGUGGCAUGGAAUGAACAACAGCUCAAGAGGUUUUUACAAAUAAUGGCCAACUCAAACGCCGCAAAAUGCACGACCAUACAUGAACUUAGCUGCUCAGAACUUUACAGAAGGGAACCAAACAUCACUUCCGGAGCGCUAGGCGGUCUCUGGAUUCCGAGCGAAGCAGUCACCGACCCGUGGCUGUUUUCGGUCCUGCUCGCUAACUAUGCGCGUAAGAAAGGUGCACGCAUUUUACUUCGAUCACGUGUUUGUAGCGUAGUCAGGAAGACUGAGAAGUGGAUCGUGGAAACCACAGGUGGAACAUUCAUUUCAAAAUGCGUUGUGAACUUCGCCGGUCACUAUGGUGACAUAGUUUACAUUUUGACGGGAAAAUCGGAAUUUAGUCACAAAAUCUUACCACGAAAGGGUCAGUACACUGUGUACUCGAAAUCAGCGCAGAACCUGCUGAACUCAAGCAUACUUCCGGUGCCGAGUGAUGUCACGAAAGGCGUCAUAGUUUUCCGUUCAGUCUUUGACAACGUAAUCGUCGGGCCGACAGCGGAGAAUGUUGACAGCAGACGACAAGCACCCGUCGAUGAAUCCAUUCGUUUUCGUCUCACAGAGAUUGCCGCCAAAGUGGUGGAUAACUGCCCUCACAUCCGGUGGUCGCUCUGUACACAGGAGUCAGACCCGCAACUGAGGAAGGAUUACAUCAUAUCCGCCGAGAUAGACAGAAACUGGAUAACAGUCGGUGGCAUUCGCUCAACCGCAUUAUCGGGCUCACUCGGUAUCGCUAAAAAGGUGCACAGUCUGAUGAAAACGAGUCUUAAUAUUGAACCAGACAGAGGUCAAAGUUUAUUUAUUUCUAAACCGGAUGUGUCGUUUACCAGACAUGGCUCAGCCAUUGUUGAUGGUGUGGAACAUUUUAUAACUCAUCCUUUGAAUUUCGCUGGAAUAACGGAGAAUGUUGCUAAAUCCAGAAUGUAAAUAAACACUACAUUAAUUAGGAAAUAGUAAACUGAGGUCCCUAUGGCAUUAUAGUGACCAGCCAGGCAGCAACAAACCGUAUAUGGCUGAGGUCCAUAUACAGUUUGUGGCUGCCUGGCUGGUCACUAUAAUGCGAUUGAUACCGAAGUGGAGUUUACUAUUUCUUAUAUUACACCGAAGAGUUUCCCCUUUACCAUUGUACAGUGUUGUACGAUUGUUUAUGGUUUAGAUCUUAAAAAGAUAAACUGAAGAAUUUUGCAGGAAUAAUGACGUCAUUUCGUUAAAAAAAAAUACGUCAUUUUACAGUAAAACAGUGCAAAUUAAGUGGUGUGUAACCCCGAACGGUCCAUAUACCAAAAAUAGUGACCGGUCCAUAUACUAUUAGGUUCCUCUAUCGCAUUUUAUAGACUGAAACAGGUCAUAUAGGUAUAGAAGGACCAAUAUCUCUGAGGUGUAAUAUUAUGUGUUAUUAAUAUCCUAUAUAUUACCUCGUCAACAGUGUCAUAUUAUGACACUAAAAAAUUAGUUCAGGUAUACUUAAUGCUGUUUAGGGGGCUUAAAUAUUA